GGGAUUUGUCGCCCCGUCUGCUCUUUGUCUCUUCGUCGCGAUUUGAAAUGGAACACGAGAAAGAUCUAAGGCGCAACCCCCAUAGUGGCAUUCCAGAUGAGAGCUUAGACCGAGGUACAUUGCAGCGUUUGCAGUCUGCAGGGACAGCUCUUUAGCAGCGCGGAAGGCGAGUGAAGAGAAGUGUCCUUCGUUCUUGCCGACUCAACACCACACCAAAUUUCGAUACAGCCGGAAGGUUCAACCUUCGUCUCACAUAUUUCUGUCGAUAACUUUCAUGCAGUUAGUUUACAAUCCUCUCUACCUAGGAAAACCGUUUGGCAAAGUUGUCCGGGAUAGAAUCGGUAACUUCAUCUCGUGGACCACGGAUGCGAUGGAAACAUGAUGCUGCUCCAGUUUGCUACGCAAAAGAGCAGUGAAGCGGUCGAUAUCGGAUGAGUUUCAGAUCUCGAAUUCAUCUCAUUAACUGUGACUAAACUAACUACCUCUAUUGGCUUCCUUCUGUUUCCUUUUCUCUGCCGGUCCGUACUUUUGCCAGUACAAAAUCAUUUCUGGCUUCUUUUUUACCCUGCAGUCUUCCUCUACAUUAAUUCUGCCUUUCUCACACCGACCAAAAAGGCAGCGACAACCACCCAGCAGGCAGUCUCAGCCGCAAAACAGCAAGCCUUAGCAAAUUUGGAUCACACGCGUACGUUCUGCGCAAAUUCUGGACGCCGCAAAACCAUUUGAGAGCAAACGGUCGGCGAGUGUCUGGGUAGACCUAGCCUGAAAACCCCUCCAUCAUCACAUUCUACUCACCUGUCACUCACCGAAAGACCAACAGGGACGCGGAGGUGUAGAAUUCUCACAGCCACCACAAAGACCACCAGGCCGUAAUCACUUCUCGCCCAAUUGAUUCGCUUACACCCUUGCCCGAGCAUGUCUACUCACGUCCAGGACUCCGCCUCUUCGGGGGACGUUCCGGCGGAAGUGACAGCAGCCAGGCCGUCUUCUGACAACGACAACGCCGCCGCCCAUGGUGAGGAGGAGGCCAAGCCGUCAGAUGGCGACACGAGCCCUGUUGAUGGCAAGGAGAACAUGCCCUUGGCCGAAACUGCAGUACCUAAGAAGAAGAAAAAGUCCAAGAAGAGCAAGGGUCAGAAGAAGCGCCCCACUGGUUUUGAAGAGUACUUCUGCGACCCUCCUAUUACGCCGGCGGAGUACGAAGAAGAGAGGAAGUCCAUCUACCCACCCGGCCGGCCUUUCGUUGACCGCAUCGAGGAGUGUAUUCAACGCUACCGUGCCCGUCGUCGCUUCGAUAGCACGAAGGAGAACCUAUUCAGCAGAUAUCUGUUCUUGGGCGGCAUUGAUACUACUACUCGCCAGUUUCAGGGUACCGCGUCGCUUACCAGCCGUGACUUGGACGGCUUGGACAAGGACGACAUCCGUGAUAUCGCGGCCAACGACUACGUGCAGCGCAAGCCUGGUAUGCAUGCUUCUCGCUACUAUAAUCCCAACCAGCCGGAGCACUGGGAUGUCGAUUUUACCGGCGUGGCCGCUGGAUUCUUCUCCGAGACCCUGAUGCGUCUGACUACCCCCGGAGCAGCAGACUAUGCUGCCGGCGUAGAUCUUGUAUCCAACUUCCUCAAGUACGUUGAUCUUCACGACGUUUGCCCUGAGUACGCCGAGGACAUCAAGAAUGCUCAAAAGAUCUGUCGAAAGGCUCGUGAGGAAAUGCCUUUGCUCGUCCAGACCCUCCUCCUCCUCCCUGGUAAUUUUAGUUCCGCCGCCCGUCUCGUGACCUGCGAGGACGACGAUGAAAUGGCCUGGGCACGCGAAUUGAUGGACGAGAAAGCCGCCCGCCAGAAUAUCGGCAUUGUGAUGUCCAUUCUCAUGAGCUCCAAGUGCGGACACGAAAACGGCAUCAGAUUCAAAGAGCUGGCCGGGUUCCCGACCGUCAACAAGACCAUCACUCAGCAGGCGUACGAGGUGGUGAGCAUCGUUUUGCCCAACGACGAGUGCCACGCCAAGUUUAUGAGUAUCAACAAGCACCUUGGUGAUGCUAACACGAUUAAACCCUGUGGCUUCUUUCAGGUGAAACCCACCGUUGUUCGCGACGGUUGGGAGAACACAAUGCACAACACGGUAGAGGAUGUUACCUACAAUCUGGUAAUGGAGGAGGAGAUCUUGGCUCUGAUGAAGGUUGGCUUCAAGUUCAAGAUGGACAUCUGUCUGUUGAACUACGGCGUCGGAUUCAUCAAAAAAUCGGUGGACGGCUAUCCAACCUUUUACGAGUUCCUACCCCAGGAGCUUAUGUGGGGAUACAAGGAGCCGGUGGUGAAUCCCAGGCCGGGCCCGAGCAUCCACAACCCUACCGGAUCGUUUGAGGGCGGCGAUGGCAUGGGCGACUUCUUGAACGCUGACCUAGAGGAUGACGCCCCGGAGGUUGAUGCUUCCCCGGUUAAUGCUCUCCCGGUCGGUAGUGCCCCGGUUGACAACGCCCCGGCUGGUUCUGCAGUUGGAGAUGAUGAAAUUGAGUGGGCACUUUAGUUCUUCAGUGGGAAUCUGGGGUCAUGCAACCGUCAUUGCAACUGAGAAUGACAUUCGAAAUGGUGGGUUCUGAGCGAAAACAUAUGGUUACAUGGAGGAACAGCAUAAGUAGGUUGUUCUACCCUCGCAGGCUGUGCGUUGCAAAGACACGGCCAAAUUACCAUGGGCAGCAUUAGAUG